AUGAAGGUGCCAAGCCCUGUGCGCAGUAGGCUUCGAGUGUCCAUCAGCUCGCCUUCGAUGUGCCGCCUAUUUUCUAGCUUCUUGGUCUUUGCGGGAUUCUUGCUCUUUGCACAUGCCUCUGUCGCCCCCAAACCCACUCCUUCUAGUGGCAAAGCCUCUUCUGAGAAGCAGUAUGGGGCCGAAGGGGAACGGGGCCCUACACAUCUCGGGCGGCUCCACGAGUACAAGCGCGUGGGCGCAGAUCUCGUAGGCCUGUGGCGUGAGUACACCGCAAUGACCGAUGCCCUGAGCCAUGCUAUGCGGGACUACAACGUGGCGAUUCGGCAGGAGCAGCGGGCAGAGCUGUCGAGAGUCUUGGCCACCAAACAUCAGAAAGCCGAAGCCCUCGUUUUACAACAGAAGAAGCACGGGGGCAGCACCUUCCCAACCUCCCGUAUCUAUGGAGAUAUAGCCAGUCUUAAGGAAAUAAAGAAACAGAUGAAACGGCUGGAAAAAAAAGUUGGGCAGAUACCCCCGUAUUCGCGGCCUGAGGAAAACGUGAUGAUGAUACAAGCCGGCACCACGCCAGUGAACGUGGCGAGAGCUCUUAGCCAAAGCUCUGCCAUUCUCUUUCACAAAUCUUUUGCGUCGUAUUUCUCUCACCUUAUAACGUUCAAGAGGGAGUAUGACGUGCUACACAGCUCCCUAUUCAGCAUGAAGACCACUGCAAACGGCACUGGGCGCAAAAACCUCAUUAAAGAGGCGGCAGAACACAGCAACUUUUACGACCCAGAAGCCCCCUUUUCUCUCCACUUGCACAAGGCCAAAUAG